AUGCACAACUUGGGCAACUUGGGGCCAAGACUGAGUUGGAUUCGACAGCGUUAUGUGCUGAGGCGAAACGCGGAGGUCCUGCGAACCCCUAACAAUCACAUGGUGGCGGGGUCAUAUCGGCAAUCGAAGCUCCACAAGAAGGAAAUUUGGCUGUAUGAUCGGGACUCCAACGUCCACGGCAUAGAUAGCCAGACACCGCACGCGCGGUCAGGACAGCCCAUCCUCGAAGAAGCUGAAGUGCCGCCCCCUUCGAAGGCUUGGUCUUCCUUCCUCUCUCACCUUUCAAACCAGUGGACCCACUGCGCUUCUUACCGGUUCGGAACGAGCUGUGCCUCUGAAUCGAAUAACUGGUGGACUUGGGGGCCUGGGUCGACCAUUCUGGAACGCUCCGGUGCACAUAUUAUGGCCUACCACCACAGCUACACGAGGAUCAGCGUAAUAGGUUUUGGUGUCCUCGUAUGGGAGUUUCUCGACUGCCAGUUGAGGCUGUUCAGACUUAGCCGGAAAGAAAUAAAUAGCGUUACGGCACAUGUCAGGGUUGUGUGGCAGCAGAUGGAUCGACAAGUCAGAAAUUUGGACCUGUUUGGAAGCUAUAAUGAAAUGUUUUUGCUGUUGCGGCAUCCCUGGCAUGAAAGUGUGGCGCAAAGCGGUGAAUACAGCAAUGUUUGGGAUGUACGCAGAACAAUGAUGGUGAAGAAAAUGGAUCAAGUGACUGGCGGGUAUACCGUAUACGAUUCAACGGGGUUCUGGAAACUUCAUCGACAGGAGACAGAGGGAACAUGCACAUACAUAUUCGCUGUCAUCCCGUGUCCUAUCACUGAUCGGUCACCGUGGCUCAGCCAUGCGCCAUGUUGCAAUCCUCGAGCCUGGAGACUUCAGGCAUCUGACACACCGUGUAAGUUCUCAAAAACAAUGGGAAGCGACGACGCGAGGCCGCCGUCAGUGCUAUUGCAAGUCUGAUC